CCGGGACGGCACCCAGGAUCUAGCAUUGGGAACGAUGAACCAUUUUUACACGCUUUCAUUUUGGACUUAAUCAAAUGUCUAGAGGGAUUUUUUUAGGGUUUCUUUUAAGUACAAAGGAAGAGGAUUGCUAUAAUAAGCGAUGAACUGCGCCUGAGAUGGGUAGUGCAAAAAGGCAAUGCGUAGCCUAUUUGAUAGAAAUCCAUUGUGGAAAAUGGCUCAACUAAAUUAAUAUUUCGCCGUGAGAAGGACAUGGUAUCACAGCCGCCUCUAGUUACACACGACACGGUAAGCUCAGGAGAAAGUGUUGAUCGGCGCGCCGAAUCGCUGCCCGCAAGGAAGAACGGGGCGAGGGGGCUGCUACCGUGACGGAGAGACGAGCGGCAGGACCUGAAGUGACCGUGACAAAUUCAAUCACUUCGAAUGAUGCGGCGUCGUUCCGUGACGGCAGGCUUAUAACAGCGACAAUAGCUAACUGUUUUAACACAUAUAUAUUCUUCCUUUCAAGUCGAGAGAGUCCCUUUCCGCCGAUUGAAAUGAACAGGACCGUUGCUAUUCGCGGACUGUGCUCAUCUUAACCACAAUUAUUCGCGUGCCCAGGUCAGCGCGAGAGGGGAUUUCACGAGGCGUAUUAAGUUGUUGCUAACACUUCGGAGGAGGGGAUACAUGAUGGAUUUCACGCUAUUCCCCUGGCUUCGAUCCAUGCGCGUUUGAGCCGCUCGCCACGAUGCAGAUCCUUCGAGUGGCGUGGGCUGCCGCGGGAGCUGCAGUCUGCCUCUUGGUCGUUAUGUGGGUCCACUCGCACUUUCUGGAGGAAGGUCAGUUGGCGGCGGGGACGUGUGAGAUCGUCACGCUGGACCGGGACAGCAGCCAGCCCAGGAGGACCAUCGCCCGGCAGACAGCGCGCUGCGCCUGCAAGAGGGGCCAGAUCGCCGGGACCAUGAGGGCCAGGCCAGCCUGCGUGGACGCGCGCAUCGUCAGGACCAGGCAGUGGUGUGAGAUGAGGCCGUGUUUGGAAGAUGAAGGCUGUGAUCUCUUAGUCAACAGAUCGGGCUGGACUUGUACACAGCCCGGAGGCAGAGUCAAAACCACGACGGCACUAUGAUGUGACGGAGUCCCCCUUUCGUACAAACGCACCGGAGAGCCGCCAAGCCUGACAGGACAGCCCAAACCCCGCCCCUCGCCACCAGCAGCCAAUGAACAGCCGCGCUUACUGCACACCGCCGUGGGCCCUGACUGCACAGUAAGGUCCCCUGAGGACAGAGAACACCGGAGCAGUGUGGACUCUUUACAGCAAGCUGCCUCCGGGAGUCGCGUCUACUCACCCGUCCACGGACAGCGCCCCCUUGUGCCUGGGCUGACCUUGACCGCGUCUCCGAUUCCGAUCCCGUUAUUUUUUUUGCCCGGAGAUCGGAAGACGGGAUUAAAA